AUGUCAGGAAAUCCUGCGCCAUCUAUUUGGUCAAUCAAGCCCAAAAAGAAGAAGAAUCUGGGGAGCCCUAUUAGCUCUGCUGAUACCAAUAACUCCAACGCUAACCCAAAGAAAAGAGGUUACGAUGCUUUAACCAAAAGUGAAAAGAACGAUGAUGCAUAUAUUAAAAAUGAGAGCGAGGAUGAUGACAUUGAUCCAGAUCUAGAGGACAUGUUUGGCCUUGGUAUUGCGGCCCAAUCGAACAAAGAUGAAGCUCAAAGGCAGCUGGAGAAAAAAAAUAAACGAGCUCUUUCAAGGGCCCUUAAAAUCGAAGAGGAAGCAAAUUCUGAUCAGCCAAGGAAAAAAACGAGGGUCCGACCGGCCCCAGCCUUGAAGUCAACCUUGACAAGGAGUGAGGGUCUGGCGCUUGAAACCAGUACGGAGACGAUAAAUAUCGCGAUGAGGAGGUUUUCGGAAAACGCCCAUACCGCAGUAGAUGUUACAAAUUUGAGGGAAUGUGUCCAAAAAUUGCCGUUCAUCCCAGCAGAUUCAAUAAUGGUCCUCUCAAAAAAAACUUUGGAUGCUUUGUCAAAGUUGGUACGAGCUGGUAACGCACUGAGGAUUCCUCAGGAUAUUAUUCUUGAAGCCCAGAGCCUUCGUAACAAAUGGCAGCGUUCCGUAUUCGACAAGGCGGUGAUGCGAGGCAUCGCAUCAUCCUCGACAAUUAACCGCGAUAUGGUCCGUGGAAAGAUAAUAAAGCGCACCAGUGGUUGGCGGCUGGAGGAAAACUACCUCCACAAAGUUGAGCCUCUCGUCAUCGGUCACAAUGGGCUUACAGUUGGCGAUUGGUGGCCCUUGCAGAUAUGUGCAAUGCGAGAUGGCGCUCACGGAGAGAUGGAAGCUGGCAUCUCUGGCAACAAGGAAUAUGGCUGUAUAAGUGUCGUCAUGUCACACGGCUACAGCAAGGACGAAGACUAUGGCGACAGGGUGUUGUAUUGUGGAACAGUUGGUGUUCCUGUCAAGGGAACAGGCACCAGUGUUCCCUCCGGGGGCACGAAGUUGCUACAAACAUCUUUGGCCAACGGAACUCCCGUCCGCCUUCUACGCUCGACCAAAAGCAAAAAGCACUCUGCCUACGCGCCAAGCGCCGGUAUCCGUUACGACGGGCUCUACGUAGUCACCGCUUACGAAAUCCUCGACGAGGCCACCCAGAUGUAUCGUUUCACAAUGGACAGACAACCCAACCAACCAGCGAUGAGGUACGAAGGUCCUGGUGUUAAGCCUAACGUCUACGACUUGAGGGAAUGGAACAAGCUCAAAGACAUGAUGAAGGGGGAGAGGUAA